ACCACUUGACGACGCCUCAUAUUUACGCGACGAUCAUCCGAUCCUACACAACUUUUUCUCUCUGGCCAUCUUUACUCAUAGCAGCACAAUUCUCAGCUCACUCGCAUCGUUCUUUGGGCUCAUGGACCCGAGUCAGAAGGAAAACAUGGGCGCGAACCAGCCGCCGCAUUCCAUCGUUAAACCAGAACCUACAGAACCUAAAAUCACCUCCUUCUUUGCUAGGAAGUCAUCGGGUGUGGCUCUUACCGCCCCCGGCAGCGAAGUCAAGGUGAAGAAUGAAGUCAUUGACCACACACGCGUUAUAUCAGACACAGUUGGCACUGCUCAACCCUCCAGCCAUGGCUUGUCUAACGGCGCGUCGGCAACUGCUUCGCGUCUACCUCCGAAAUGCGAAGAUGUCGAGAUGCAAGAUGCUACAGUUGGGGCUCAGCCAAUAACAUCUGAAUCCAUACCUUCUCUUUUCAAAGAGUUUCACUCAGCAGAUGAGAUUAAUUUCGUACCUGAGAAUGCGUUGAAGGAAGGCCUGGCGAUGGUAAAGACUAUCAAAGCUAGUAUCAAGAAGCUCGAAAUCGGGAGUAAGAUGCGUAAGGACGUUUGGUUACGCGAGAUCGAGAGCUUGCAAUCCCAAGGUGCCCCAAGCACUAUGAUCGCUGUGUGUGGCGCAACUGGAGCGGGAAAAUCCUCUAUCCUCAAUGCCAUCCUCGACGAUAACAUUGUCCCUACUAGUGGCAUGCGAGCUUGCACUGCUGUCGUGACGGAAAUCGGUUAUCACCCCAAGAGGACAAUCGAUGCCGACGUAUCUUUUCUAUCUGAGAAAGAAUGGCGUGAGGAGCUGGCUGUCCUUCUGGACGACCUUGUCGAUGAAGAGGGAAACCUGAAGCGCAGCACGGAUUUGCGUAGCGAUGCAGGUGUUGCCUGGCAAAAGGUGCAUGCGGUGUAUCCCAAAGUUUCUCAAGAGCAACUAGUCAAGAUGUCGAUUGAUCAUAUCAUUGCACUCGAUCCUCGAAUUGCCAGCAUUCUUGGAACAACUAAGCAUAUAACCGCUAAUGACUCGAAGACGUUUGCCAAAGAAAUCGGGAAAUACAUUGAUUCCAAGGACCAGAAACGUGGCGACAAGAAGAAAGGCAAGGAGAAAGAGAAGGAAUCCAAGGGCAGGAGUUUGCUAGAGAAGUUCGCUCAGAAGACCGGCAAGAAAAAGGACAAGGACGACACAGAUGGUCCCGCCUUCUGGCCUCUGAUUCGACAAGUAAACGUACACUGCAACGCACCUGCCUUAUCAACGGGCGCAGUUCUCGUCGACCUGCCUGGUGUUGCCGAUGCCAACGCUGCACGAAACAACAUUGCGAAAGACUACAUGAAGAAAUGUGAUUGCAUCUGGAUCUUAGCACCUAUUACGCGAGCUGUUGAUGACAAGACUGCAAGAGACCUUAUGGGCGACGCGUUCAAGAUGCAGCUCAUGAUGGGUGACUACGAUGCACACGCGAUCACUUUCAUUGCUACUAAGUGCGAUGAUAUAUCGUGUUCGGAGGUUAUUCGUGCACUCAAUCUCGACGAUGAUCCCGAGUUGGAGCCAAUCGAAGAGGAAAUAGACACGUGCAGGGCUGAGAUGGCAGAAUGGAAAGAAAAGAAAGAUGAUGCUGAAGCGGCAGCGAAAGCUGUCGAUAAGGAACUCAAGGAAACUCGACCCUUGCUUGAAGAGUACAAAGAUCAUCUAAAGGCCAUUCAAAAUGGCAAAUCGUUUGCUCCGCUUUUAACCGCGAAGAAGCCCAAAGCCAAGGAAGAUUCCACGAAGGGCAAGAAGCGGAAGCGCAGUCGCGGCGACAAAGGUUCUUCAAAGAGGCGGAAGACUGUGUCAGAUGAUGAAGAGGACGAUUUUAUCGUUGACGACGACGAGGAGCUCGACUUUUCUGAUUCUGGCAGCGAUAAGAACUCAGAUAGCGAAAGCGAGAAAUCCGACGAUUCUGAUGCCGACUUGGAUGCUUCCAGCGACAAAGGGGAAGAUGACGAUGAUGAAGAGGCGCAGGAGGAAGUGACGCAGGAAAGCCUCAAAGCCAAGAUCGAGGAAUUGGAGGAAGUGAUCAAGGAAGGCAGGAAGAAUCUGUCCGAAUGUCGAAGGCUCAGAAAGGAGGCGAGUGAUGAACUUGCCACCUUGAAGAAGAGGGAGUCGAAAGCGCAGAGGGAAAAGAACGCUUUCUGCUCUCUAAAGCGUUCGGAGUUCUCACGAGACGUCCUGAAGGAAGAUUUUCGAGUUGGUCUAAAGGACCUUGACGAUGCUGCUGCAGAACAGCGCGACCCUGAUAGCUUUGAUCCAACUGUCAAUAUUCGCAAUUAUGAUGAAAUCGACUUGCCCGUUUUCACUGUUUCCUCUCGAGACUAUGUCCGCCUCAAAGGUCAAGUGAAGGGAGAUGGCGACUCGACCUGUUUUACAAAUGUACAGGACACCGGUGUACCCGAGUUGCAAGAAUGGUGCCACACACUGACAGUCUCCUCACGAGAACGCGCAGCCCGGAACUUUCUGACUCACUUGAAGACCUUCGCCAACUCCGUUCGCUCAUACUUCCAGGGCAUUGGGGACGUAACCGUAGGAGACCGAGAGACUCUGCGAGAGAAAUGGGAGUCAUCUAUGCCGGACGAUAUGGACGACGACGGCGCAUCAGCUUAUGGUGGCGGAUGGGCCAGCUCGGAUGUGGAUAUGCCAGGGUUGGACCUGAGUGACUUGACCAAUGGGUUGUUCGCCGCUGGUCUCUAUUCCAUGAACACGAAACCUGAAAAGGUCGAUGAGUACGGGGAAGCUGUUGGUGUCACUCCACGGCUCAUCAGGGACUUCAGACAAGUCGUUGACGACUGCGUUCAUGAAUUACAGAAUCGUUUCCGUGAUGGUUUGGAAGAGAAGUGUAUAAUAGGAGCUACUAAUGCUGCCGCAGCUGCUGUACCGACCUCAGACAACUUCGCUGCAUCAAUGCACUGGGCUACAUAUCGUGCCACUCUCCGUCGCAAUGGCUCCUGGCGUCAAGAUCUCAACGUCGAGCUAAGCAACCCAUUCACGCGCAACAUCGCCAGCUCGUGGUCCAAAGUCUUCGAAUCCGACCUCUUUGCAUCAUUUGACAAGUCCGCCACUACAGUAAUACAACAGCUCCUCAAAGAAGUCGAAGACUCUGCUGCUCAGGGCUUGAAGGAACGCGCUAAGGGACAAGCGGACUUGUCAUUGGACGAGGCAAAGGUCGCUCUCAGGAAGACUAUCGACGUUGUUCGGGAUACUAUCAAUACCGAGCAGAAGGAAGUUAGUCGUUGUCUGGCCCCUCAUGUGCAGAACCAAUUGGUCGAUGGAUAUGAGCGCGCCAUGGAGGAACGUGGUAGGGGCAGUGUGGCUCGUCAAAAGGCUCUCUUCCAUGACUUUGUGGAUGGUGUCAAGGAUGAAGUGUUCAAUGGUGCAGCGGACGUCAUCAUGGGUCGACUGACCAAAGCUGCUGAAGCUGUUGGGAAUGCACUUGAAGAGGCUUUGGCAGAGCUUGCUGAGAAGAUCGAAGUCAGUAUUGCUGUCCUGUGGGAAGGCCCCAGGGAUGAUCCAAGUCAAGUCAAAACUCGUGUGCAAGUCAUCAACACGAUGUCAAAGAUUGUGGACCAAGUUUCGUUGUGGCAACAAGCGUCUUUAAAUAAGAAUGCCACUGGCGCUGCUGCCUCUGCGAGCGGUAGUGGUGGGUACGAUCAAUUUGGAGACGUCGAGAUGGCGACCGAAUGAUCUACCUUCAAAGCCGUGCGUUCACGCACUUGACGUUUCUGUGCUUUUCUGGAUUCGUUUCUGUUAUUGUUUCGUUAUAAACGCCUGUGGGCGAUUUGCUCACUCCUUUGUUUUCUUUUCUCUCACUCUCUCACUCUUUUGUUGUAUUGGCUCCCGUCGUCUCAUGCUAUGAGUUACCAUAGUAUUCCCAAAGGAGUAAAACGUGUCUACCACAUCGACCUUCUCCUUGAAUCUUGUACCAUAUGCUCCAACCUCAAUGGCUUUUCUUUUCCUUACUUCUCAUUCCUUUUCACCCUUAUUCCCUAGACCCCUCAUAGAUAUAUACAUGCUUGUAUAUGCUUCCAAGUUUUCAUGCCCCCUCCCUAUUUUUUUGUUCUAGAACUUAUUGCUGUAUAUGCAUACGCGUAUAUUUGAUUCCACAAUUGUUGUUUGUUGUCUUUACAUCCUGUAUAUAGUUUUUGUAUCGAUACUAGUCAUAGAUCUAGCUUGUUUGCUUGAGAAAGAUAUAUCGUAUACUGUACUUGGUCUGCGUUAUAAUAGAUCUUAUGUGCUUGU